AUGGCCGAAUGCGUACCGUACUCUGGCUAUCUCUUCACCUCCGACUUCAUCGUACUCUCCCUGCACUUGAUGACUUGUCUAGAAGUUCCAAUGCUGUCCCUUGGCGCCUACGUAAUUCUGUACAAAACUCCGGCGCAAAUGCGAUACGUCAAGUGGCUCAUGCUCAAUUUGCACUUUUGGGAGUCGCUCGCCGAUAUCACCGUCUCAUUCUUCUACCUGCCUUACGUUUAUUUCCCGGCUCUCGCCGGUUUUAACUUGGGAAUCAUCGACGCUCCCGGCUUCUGGGUCUUUCUGUUUGUCACUCUGUUAGCAGGUGGGUAUCAUCAUUAUAUAUAUAUAUAUCAGACUUGCAACGGGCCGGGCCGGGCCGGGCCAAAAUUGAAAUUUUUCCGGCCCGGCCCGGUCGGCCCGGGAGGAUGCACCUAAAAAUUCAAAGCGAACUAGAACUUCGAAACGAACAUAAUUUUAUAGACUUAAAAUUGCAACAAAUCAGUCAAAUUUGGAUUUGGAAAUAUUUGGUUUGGAAAUAGAAAAUUUUUGGAAAUUUGGAAAUUUGGAAAUAGAAAUUGCUGUUUCAAGUCGCAAAAUUUUCACAAAAAUUACGAAAAUUUUCUCAAGAGUGGGCGGAGCGAUUGAUUGCAACUCUGGCACGCCAUUUUAGCAAUUUUGCCGCACGCGUUUUCCUCUUCCUUCAUAUUUUUUUUGCAUAUUUUUUUUUGAGGUCUAACUUCCGGGCCGACCGGGCCGGGCCGGGCCGACGAUUUGCUGGCCCGGGAUUUGGCAAGUCUGAUAUAUAUAUUAUGCUAAUGCUCGAACGCGUGGGUGAUAUUCUCAUCGCUGUGGAUUCAUAUACAAUUCCUAAGAGUGGUCCAAUUGCGUUGAGAACAAAUUCCCACUCAUUUUCAGCCAUGGGUGCCUCGGUUCUGGCCUUGUACGAGAAUCGAUACUUUAUAUUGUUUGGCCAGAAUAAUUGGUGGAGUCGCUGGAGAUUUCCGUGUCUGUUUUUCAUUUACUCGACGGUCCCGCUGUUCUUUCUGAUUCCCUACUUCAAAUUGCCCGAGCAGGAAAGUGCGAGAAGAGCCGUUUAUGAGCAACUUCCGUGCAUUCCGAAACUGACUUUCGAGGGCCGACAACUGUUUGUGCUGUCCUUGGACCUUACCGUAACCUUUGCUUCGCUGGCCUCUGAGACUGCUCUACUCGUGAUCCCAUUAUAUGUAUUCUUCAUACUCACGCUCUACAAUAUCUUCACUGGCAAACUGAAAUCCGCAUCGCAACGAACGAUGAAUAUGCAGAAGAAGUUUGCGAUCGCUUUGACGUUACAGGUUUGUGAAUCAAAACCGAUAUAUCUCAGUUGUGGGUAGAGAUAUCAAAAAGUCGUCAACUAACGAAUUGCUCAAUGCAAAAUUGUGCACAUUUUAUCAGUUGACACCUUUUCGAUAUCUCUACACACAGCUGAGAUACACUUGUUCAGAGCGCCUACCUGAUGAUCGUCAUUCUGGCGCCGAUUUGCAUGACUUUCUACAGUCUUUUCACUUUGUAUCACAAUCAGGCCUACAAUAAUUUUAUAUGUCUAAUGUUCUCGUUUCACGGAUUUGGCUCCACAUUUGUGAUGAUUUUCGUGCAUGCACCAUAUCGCCAAUUCGUACUUUCCCUCUUCUACUACAUUGUUCCCAAAUCUCCGCUUAACGUGACCGUUGUACGCAAUACUAUUUAA